GAUGAGUUCUUCAGCACCGGAAGUACUGGGGGCGGGGUCAAAUGGCUUAAGUGUCUGGGUUAGUUCCCGGAGAGAGGCUGCGAUGGCGAACUCGACAACCCCAGUCUCGUUCCUUGCUCCUCCUCUGGAGCAGCUCCGGCACUUAGCAGAGGAGCUGCGGUCGCUUCUGCCUCGAGUACGGGUCGGCGAAGCCCAGGAGACAGCCGAGGAAUUUAAUCGAGAGAUAUUUUGGAGAAGACUCAAUGAAGCAGCAAUGAAAGUGUCUGGGGAAGCCACUGUUCUGACCACACUCUUCUCUAAAAUUCCAUCGCCAUCUCCACAGGAAACCCAGAGGAUCUGUGAGCAAGUCCACAUUGCCACUGAGGAAGUAAUUGCAGCGUACUACACAUUUCCUAAGGAUCAGGGAAUCACCCUGAGAAAGCUGGUACGCAAUGCUGUCCUGGACAUCGUGGAUGGCACAGCUCAGCUCCUGGAUGCACUCCUUACUGCUCCAUCUCAGAGCCCUGAGAAUGGUGACCUGAUUUCCUGCAAUAGUGUCUCAGUUGCAUGCCAACAGGUGGCUGAGAUCCCAAAAGAUAACAAAGCUGCAGCCCUUUUGAUGCUGACAAAGAGUGUGGAUCUUGUGAAAGACGCUCAUGAAGAAAUGGAGCAGGCUGUGGAAGAAUGCGACCCUUACUGUGGCCUCUUGGAUGAUUCUGAGGACAACUCCGACAGCCACCAUAAUGAGGAUGGUGUAGGGCUUCCCAGCAAUCGGGACUCAUACUGGUCAGAGGAAGAUCAAGCACUCAUAACUCCAUGCCUUGCAUUGGUGAGAGCUUCCCGAGCUUCCCUCAAGAAAAUCCGGAUCUUGGUGGCUGAGAAUGGGAGGAAGGAUCAGGUCGCCCAGCUGGAUGACAUUGUGGAUAUUUCUGAUGAGAUCAGCCCCAGUGUGGAUGACUUGGUUCUCAGCGUAUAUCCACCUGUGUGUCACCUCACCGUGCGGAUCACUUCUGCGAAACUGGUGUCUGUUUUAAUAAAGGCUCUUGAGAUUACAAAAGCAAGUCCGUGAGCCCCCAGCCAGGAGAUAGCUGGAUCCCUUUACUCAUUAAUGCCGUUGACCAUUGCAUGGACAGAAUUAAGGAGCUCACUCAGCGUGCAGUUGAGCUGUGAGCUUCCAGUCCUUGUUCUUUCUCCCCUCACUCUCGCACCCAAGCCAGUGUCCGCUUUCCUUAUUUAUUGUUAAGUGUUUUCAGUGUCUGCUUUGGAAGUGGAGCUGUGACAGGUGUUUGCUGGAUGGAAAGGAAGCUUCUGUUUUAAGAAGAGAUUGUUAUCAAGAUUCUAGGCUAGGAGAGACUGCAGUUAGCUUCUGUGCUAGACACAAAUGUGUCCAUGCUUGUACUCGGGGCUGAUUUUUGGAAAUUCUUAGGGAAGAUGUCUUGUUCUCUAGUUUAUAGUAAAGUGUGUUGUUGUUUUAUUAAGAUUUUGAUCAUCUCAAUAAAAUGCUAACCUACUUGAUUAAA